GUCGCUCGCUCGGUGCCUCCCUGCGGGCCGCUCUCUCCUCCCGACGAUGGCGCGCGGUGGCCGCGGCCGCCGCCUGGGACUCGCCCUGGGGCUGCUGCUGGCGCUGGCGCUGGCCCCCCGGGCGCUGCGGGCCAAGCCCACCGUGCGCAAGGAGCGCGUGGUGCGGCCCGACUCGGAGCUGGGCGAGCGGCCGCCGGAGGACAACCAGAGCUUCCAGUACGACCACGAGGCCUUCCUGGGCAAGGAGGACUCCAAGACCUUCGACCAGCUCACCUCGGAGGAGAGCAAGGAGAGGCUGGGGAAGAUUGUGGAUCGGAUUGAUAGUGAUGGGGAUGGCUUUGUCACUACUGAGGAGCUGAAAACCUGGAUCAAACGGGUGCAGAAAAGAUACAUCUAUGAUAAUGUUGCUAAAGUCUGGAAGGAUUAUGACCGGGACAAAGACGAUAAAGUUUCCUGGGAAGAAUACAAACAAGCCACCUAUGGUUACUACCUAGGAAUUCCUGCAGAAUUUCAUGAUUCUUCAGAUCAUCACACCUUUAAAAAGAUGCUGCCACGGGAUGAGAGAAGAUUCAAAGCUGCAGACCUCAACAGUGACCAGACAGCCACUCGGGAGGAGUUCACCGCCUUUCUGCACCCUGAGGAGUUUGAGCAUAUGAAAGAAAUUGUGGUUUUGGAAACUCUGGAAGACAUCGACAAGGAUGGGGAUGGGUUUGUGGAUCAGGAUGAGUAUAUUGCGGAUAUGUUUUCCCAUGAGGAGAGUGGCCCUGAGCCAGACUGGGUUUUGUCAGAACGAGAGCAGUUUAACGAAUUCCGGGACCUGAACAAGGACGGGAAGUUGGACAAAGAUGAGAUUCGCCACUGGAUCCUCCCACAAGACUAUGACCAUGCGCAGGCUGAGGCCCGGCACCUGGUGUAUGAGUCGGACAAAAACAGGGAUGAAAAGCUAACUAAAGAGGAGAUAUUAGAGAACUGGAACAUGUUUGUUGGAAGCCAAGCUACCAAUUAUGGAGAAGACCUCACAAAAAAUCAUGAUGAACUUUGAUACACACUCACCGCAAUAUGGCAGACUGUCUUAGGCUUUUAUUGUCUUGAGUGGUUGCUACAGUUGUCUAAUUCAUAGCAGUUGUGUCCCUGAAACAGAGGUUAAUAACCUCGGAUUGGGGUUGAAAUUGGUUCUCGCUCAAUAUUUACUGGAAAAUAGUCAUUGCUAUUCUUUCAGUAAGGUAUCUCUACAAAUACAUUAAGAUCUCAGUAAAUCAGAAUGCUUUGUGGGGAUACAUUGCUAAAACAUGACUUGUUCAUUUUUUUCCAUUAAAUUUACAGGGGAAUAAAAUUAGGGAAAAAAAACCCUGUUCAGAAUUAAAUAGGUUGGGGAAUAGUAUAUGGAGUGACUGCUAUGUAUUUUAACUGCAAAUUUUUACAUUUGCCACAUUGACUAGUUGGUGAGGGAAAAUUCUGAUGAAGCUACAGUGGUGUCAUCCAUGUAGGCUUAUUUCAGAACAAGUCUAAUACUUCAGAUUCUUCCUUCUUGACUUUGUACUCUGAUCUCUUGUAAAUGGUAUAUAAAACCUCUGUGCAUUUUUCUGUAUGGACCUGGUAAUGUGCACAACAAAUCGGAGCUCUGUUUUUUGUUUUUGUU